AUGAAACCAGUUGUAAUGUUCAAUGGCCAAGAUGAGGAUGAGGAUCAUCAAAGCCUCUCUCUAGAAGCCUUACUUGACGAUAUUGAAAAUGUAACGCCUUCCUCUUUGAAACUUGGUCGAAAGGAACCAUACGACAACACAAAGAACAUUAUGGCAAAGGAGAUUGUACCUAUUGAUUUAGUUCCUCCUGUAGAGACCCAGAAGAAGAAAGCAAGAGAAGAUUUGAACAAACAGUAUCAGACCAAGCAACAACCUUCUCAACAUGAACCUCGUAAAAGCAUAGUUCCAUCAAACAGUAAUAUGCGUAAGGAGGAGAGUAGGUUGGCAAAGAAUCAAGACAAAACGCAAAAGGUUAUCGCGUCCUCAUUUGCAUCAAAAUCAGUGCGACCACCACGAUCCAACCAGACCAUAAUAGCAAGAUCUAAUCAGCUGAAUGAAAACAGUCAGAAUCUAUUACCAGUCUCGAUGGUUCAUCACUCCUUCAAGAACCUAUUUGGAUUCAGAUAUUUCAACAAGUUACAGUCUCAAUGUUUCCAUAAGAUAUACGAAACCGAUGACAAUGUCGUUAUUUCUGCACCUACUGGAUCUGGCAAGAGUGGGUGUAUGGAAAUUGGGAUCGUAAGGCUACUUGAGAAAUACUUCAAGAACGGUAAAAUGACAGAGCCUGGAAGACAUAAAUGUGUCUAUAUCGCUCCAGUGAAAGCUCUUGUUCAAGAGAAACUUGCAGAAUGGAAAAAAAAGUUUACUGUACUGGGAAUACAAGUGGGAGAACUAACCGGAGAUUCAAUUCAAACAGACGUAUCCUCACUGGACAAAUUUGAUAUUAUUGUAACUACUCCUGAGAAAUAUGACUCCUUGAGCAGAAGAUGGAAGGACGUGAACUGUUUGGCAUUUGUGAAGAGUACUGAGUUAAUAUUGAUUGACGAAGUACAUUUACUGAAUGAGGAACGAGGAGCGGUACUUGAGGCGAUUGUCAGCAGAAUUAAAAGCAUCUCUGUAAUUCAACAGCACUCAGCCAGGGUUAUUGCUCUUUCUGCUACAGUCCCAAACAUUACGGAUGUUGCUGAAUGGCUGGAUGUUGAUGAAUCAGGAACUCUGGUUUUUGGAGAGGAAUACAGACCUUCAAAACUUGACCUCAAGGUAGUUGGAGUUCCAAACGAAAAAAAGAACUACUUUGCGUUUGAAAAGCUUUUGGAUAAAAAGCUAUUCCAGAUUAUUGAAGAGCAGAGUAACGAAAAACCAGUUCUGGUAUUUUGUUCAAGUCGCAAUGCAACAAUGAAGAGCGCAUUACAAAUUAUGGAGGAUUCUAAAGCAUUAAAGCCAAAUUAUUUUAUUAGGACUAACGAGCAGAAGGAAAGAUUGAAAGAGACAUUAAAUAUGAUUGAAGAUCAACAGCUUAAGGACUUGGUGAUAAAUGGAAUAGGUGUUCACUCAGCACAGCUUUCGAAAAACGAUAGAAAUAUUGUAGAAAACCUCUUUGCUAAUAAGGAUCUAUCCGUAAUUUGUACAACAUCCACACUGAGUCAAGGGCUCAAUACGCCAGCUUACUUGGUUAUUGUAAAGGGAACCAAAAUAUACCACAAAGGGUCUGGAUACAAGGAAUACCCUUCAAUGAAUAUUCUUCAAAUGAUUGGGAGAGCCGGUAGAGCAGGCUUUGAAGAAUCUGGCCUGGCCAUAGUUCUAACAGAGAGCAGUAUGGUCGACUAUUAUACAAACUUGAGAAAUAGUCAUUACGUCAUUGAAUCAACCUUGCAUAGGUAUUUGUUUGAGCAUUUAAAUGCGGAGAUAUGUCUCAACAGCGUAAGAAACAUUACUGAGGCGAUUUUUUGGGUGAAGUCAACAUUUUUAUAUGUUCGCAUUCAAAAAAACCCAGAAUAUUAUGGCUUGGAGAAGAGCAACAAUCUUGACGAAAAGAUAGAAGAAAUAUUGAAAAAAAGAAUUGAGGAAUUAUGCGAAAAAGAAUUGCUUGUGGUAAACGACGGCUCAGUUUCAUCCACUCCUUUUGGUCAGGUUAUGUCUCGUCUUUAUAUUCAAUACAAGACCAUGUGUAUGCUGUUAGGCUCUGUGACAAAUUUCAUGAAAGAAAAACGAAUGUUGCAGUUAGCGUGUUCAUCCUUUGAAUUUGAAGAAUUUUCGAUACGCCAGGGAGAAAAAGGAAUUCUCAUUAAUCUUAACAAGCAUGACAGCAUUAGAUACAAAAUCAAAGACAAAAUCGAACUUGCAAGAGAGAAAGUUUUUAUUCUCAUUCAAGCGAUUCUAGGAAGCGCUAAAAUUGAAUCAGUUAGUCUGCGCCAGCAAGCUCAAGCUUUAAUUUCUCCUCUUAGUAGACUGUUAUCAUGCAUAUUUGAAAUUAGCAAAAAUCGUAGAUACGGUAUUACGUGCAGAAAUGCAUUCAUGUUGGCAAGGAAAAUUCAAGUUGGAAGUUGGGCCACAGAAAGUAGAGAUAAACCUUCGAUCAAUGCAUAUCAAAACAAGAACGGAAUUACCAUUCAGAUAACGAUCGGAUCUGUUCAUUCUUUAACGUUCAACAAAUACUGCUACAUUUCUGUUGAAAGAAAGGGUGUUUUGCUUGCCCAACGCAAAGUUUGUGAAAACAAUUCGUUCUCCUUCAAAAUUGACUUUUCAGAAUUUGGUAAUACAUCUGAGGUCGAGUGCUUUCUGUGUAACACUUUUGGAGAGGAAGUAGGAGUGACUGUGAAAAUCAAUAACAAUAGUGAGCACAAAAAAAGAUCUAUUGAGCAUGUACAAGACAACAGUCAGAGAGGUCGAUCUGUGGAGGUUACAAGCAAAAAGACAAAAUUAUACACGGCUUCUACCUUAGUUGAGCCUCAAGUCGAUAAAACAUCGGUGCUCUCAGAAAAACCAAAUGCAAUGAAGGUUCAGCAAAAACCAUUUGUUCCGUCACCUCUCACGAAACUACCCAUUACUAACGAUGAUGGGCCAAAAAGAUCUGUUAAUGUUGAAAGAUUGAGAUCUAAACUCAAAAUGGAGACUCCCAACAUGAAUAACAAUCUUCUGGAAAACAUUUUAAAAUUCCAAAGAGAAACAGGAAAUUGCAAGACUUUUGCUGAUCUAUUUCACUGA